AUGGUAGCCAUCAUCGAAUUACCAGUACCAUCAAUGGACUCUCCCAUGCUAGACCUCGACACCACCAACAUAGCCGACAAGGUCUCGCCGGUGGAGACGAAGUACGAAAAGCACCAUCCUCUCGUGCAACCAACACCACACCGCGCCUUGGCCCAAUUCCGCGCCCAACAUAGCACAUCCCAGCCGCGGGGUAAAUCAACCUGUAUCCCACAAAGCAGCAAGCUCGAGGCACUUCCUGUCGAAAUCUUCAAUCAAAUCCUGUCUCAUCUUACCCAUCCCCGCUCCCAUCUCCCAGGCUUCACCGAAGCCCAGAGCGCACAUGACUUCCCUGCUGCUGCCAAAUACGCCAUCAAAGGCAACGAAGACUUGACACAGCCUUCGGUGAUUCCCAAUUGGGCCUCUGACUUGUUCUCCCUCCACCAACUUCCCCACCCUUUCAAUGCACUAUCGUUGACCUCACGGCGCUGCAAUGACUUUGUCGAAAGCUACUGCUCCCACCUCGUGCGCGCCUGCAACGACACCAUGUUCAACCUCCCCUUUGCUCAAUUCGACAAGCACGGCUCUCGCUCCGUCUACCCAGAUCUAAGCUCCAUCGUCUACCGCCGUCUGUGGUUACAGCACGCCCCUCGGACCUGUGUCUACUGCUACGCCGUGCUGGACUGCUACCCUUUCCUCGUAGUCAAAAGAAUCAUGACCGCAUGCAUGAGCUGCUUCUACAGACAAACCCUCACAAUCGAAGAAGUUUCCUCUCAAUAUCACAUCUCGCCCGCUGCCAUAUCCUCGUCCCCCUAUAUCCGCGGUAUCCCCGGCUGGCUCCUCCGCAUCGACGUCGAAGCCCUCGCCCUGCAACUCUAUCGCACACGAGCCUUUCAUAAUGCCCACAAGGAGCAGUUUGGGAAACCGUGCUCGCUGUGCGGCAUCACGAGGUUUUUGCCUGAACUAUCCGUUGCCAAGUCGAGGGGUGCGGUCGCGGGGGUCGCUGUGGGUGCGGGUACGGGGACAAGGCAGAUUGCGGGUAUGAGGAAGAGGAGUACGAAGAGGAGUGUGAGAUGCUUGGCCUGA